UCUCGCUCGCUCUAGCUUUCUGUGAAAUCUUUUCCAUUCUCUUUGUAUCUAUGACCUUAAAUAUGGAAGGACGCGAACAACGGAAGCCUGUAGAAGCGCCAGCGCCGCCGGAGACUGGAGAUCGAACUCUCUGCCUCAGCUUCAACAGCUACUCUUCCGACGGAGUUGCUGAUGUCGCCGACAAGGUCGUAGAGCAAUUUCGCGCCGACGAGGAGUCGAACAACGUCGUAGACUAUGAAGAGGAGGAUGAGUUCGAAUUCACUUUGGUACGCAGCAAUCUAGAGGUUACGGCGGAUGAGAUGUUUUUCCACGGUCAAGUACGUCGGUUUUUCCCUAUCUUCAAUCGCGAUGUUCUGAUACAUGACGACGACGAUAAGCCUGUCAGAUCGACUCUACGACUGCCCUUGAAGAAGUUGUUUACUGAGGAUAUAGGAGAGCCUUAUUCUCCGUCGUCGUCGUCGUCCUCGGAAGCGGUCGAAUUGGAAGGUGUAGCUCCGGGAACAUACUGUGUGUGGAGGCCGAAUGUAGCAGAAGCAUCGCCGAGUAGGUGCAAGAAGAGUAAAUCUACAGGAUCGGCGUCGAAGACGUGGAAAUUGCGAGAUUUGCUUUGGCGGAGCAACAGCGACAGCAAGAGCUCAUUCGUGUUCUUGACUCCGAAGCGCAGAGAUCGGAAUGCCGACAAAAUCGAGAGAGCUGAGAAUUCGAGGUCUAGGCAAAAUUCCUGCGACGAAUCCAGGUUUCCUGGGAAAUUGCAAGAGAAGAGUGUCCCUAGGGUCGGCGGGAAGGCGUCGUCGCCGCCUCACGAAGUGUAUUACGUGCAGAACAGAGCGCGGAAGGAAGGCAAUAAGAGAAAGUCGUUUCUUCCCUACAGGAAAGAUCUGUUAGGGUUCUUUGCGAACGUUAACAGCCCGGGAAGGAGCUUCCCAGCCAUCUGAAGCGUAAUUUCCAUUCUUUCUUUGUUAAAGAUUUGUAUAAACACAUUUCACACACAUUUACAAGCUUAUUUGUUUCUACUUUCUCCAAUAUUGUAAUCACCAUUCUUAUUAUUUUAUCUUUUUUAUAAUGAUGAAAUUCUUGCAAGACCUGUAAUUAUAAUUUGGGUAUGCAUUAUUGAAUUUUGAGCACACAAAUCUGUAUGUGAAUUCAUCUCAAAG